CCCGCCCCCCGAGCGCAGCCCCUGAGCCCCGGCGGGGCCGGGCACGGGCCCCCCGCGCCGGGCAGCACCGGCCGCCUCUGCGAAGCUGUUCUUUUUUCCCCCCGAGUCCACCGAGAUUGUUUUGUUGUUUCUUGGUGGUGUUGUUGGAGUUUUUUUCUUGCUGGAGUUUUUUUUUUUUUUUUUCCUUUAUCCCCCACGCCCCACUUCCGUGGUUUGGAUAUUCUGGGUGACUGCAAAGAAGAGUUUUGGAGUUGUUUUGGAUUUGGUUUGGUUUUUGUUUUGUUUUAUUUUUUUGUUCCUUUCUCCUGCCCUUGAACUGAGUUUGUCCUCUGUGCAUGCCUCUUCUGGAGCAAGGCUGGAUCCUGAACCUCGGUGCAUGUAAGGGGCAAAGCCUCGUUCGUAUUCCUGCAAUAAGAGUAAAAUGUAAAUUGGAUAAUACGACUUCUUGCCAAAGGCUCCAAUGAGUGGCACACAGUCCACAAUCACGGACAGGUUUCCUCUCAAAAAACCUUCGAGACACGGCAGCAUUCUGAGCAGAGAGUCUCCAGCAGACAAGAAGCAGAAGGUUGAACGCUGCAGCAGCACCCACGACUUCGAUCCCACAGAUAGCUCCUCCAAGAAGACAAAGUCUAGUUCUGAGGAGAGUAGAUCCGAGACGUAUGGCCUGGUGCAGAGGUGUGUGGUGAUCCAGCGGGAUGAGAACGGCUUCGGGCUGACGGUCAGCGGGGACAACCCCGUCUUCGUGCAGUCUGUCAAGGAAGAUGGAGCAGCCAUGCGGGCUGGAGUGCAGACAGGUGAUAGAAUUAUCAAGGUGAACGGGACUCUGGUAACACACUCGAACCAUUUGGAGGUGGUCAAGCUGAUCAGGUCGGGCUCCUAUGUAGCUCUCACUGUCCAGGGGCGCCCUCCAGGGUCGCCCCAGAUUCCCCUGGCGGAUUCUGACGUGGAUCUGGCAGCUUUUGGGCAUAUGUCUCCCAUCAUGGCAUCCCCCCACUCGCCUGGCACGUCAGGGAAUGCAGAAAGGAUCACCAGCCCAGUGCUCAUGGGGGAGGAGAAUAACAUUGUCCACAACCAGAAGGUGGAGAUUCUGAGGAAGAUGCUCCAGAAGGAGCAGGAGAGGCUGCAGGUCCUGCAGGAGGAGUACAGCCGGACCCCCUCCACCCGCCUGCUCAAGGAGAUCCAGGAGGCAAAGAAACACAUUCCUCAGCUGCAGGAGCAGCUGUCCAAGGCCACGGGCUGCACUCAGGAUGGAGUCCUGUCCUCCAGGUCUGUGUCAGAGUCGCUGCAGAUCAGCGAGGGAGAGGCAGAGAGUGGGGACAGUGGCAGCAAACUGGAUUUCAGUGGUGACAGCCCCUCCAGGCCCAACAGUGACAUUGCUGAUAGCCCUCGCAGUGGCCUGAAGGAGAGGAUUUAUCCAGAUGAGAGCCCAGAAAAGGCUGAGCUUCAAGACACUGACUCCCAGUGCAGUGUUGGAAGUCCCCUGUCCCGAGUGGGGACUCAGAUCAUUGGGGCAGAGGAUGAUGAUUUUGACACGGAGCAGGAGCAGAUCAAUGGGCAGUGCAGCUGCUUCCAGAACAUCGAGCUCCUGAAAUCCCGCCCGGCUCACCUGGCUGUCCUCCUGCACCACGUGGUGUCCCAGUUUGAUCCUGCAGCACUGCUGUGCUACCUUUACACAGACCUGUACAAGCAGACCAACUCCAAAGAGACCCGGCGUGUUUUCCUGGAGUUUUACCAGUUUUUCCUGGACAGAGCUGCAAACCUGAAAGUCCCAGUUCCAGAGGAAAUCUCCUUGGAAUUAGACAGGAGAAGGCCAGAGCUCCUCCCUGAGGAGCUGCACCGCCAGUUCAUCCAGACCAUGCAGGAUAAAGUCUGCCCAGAGGUUCAGAGGAACCUGGAAGAUUUCAGGCAGAAGAGGAGCAUGGGGCUGACCCUGGCCGAGGGGGAGCUGAGCAGGCUGGACGCAGAGCGGCUCCGCGACCGCAACGCCGUGGAGAAGGAGAGGAGCUGUGCCGAGCAGAUCCUGGCCAAAAUCGAGGAGGUCCUGAUGACAUCUCAGCCUCUGGAGGAAGACAAGAGCUCCACCAUGCAAUAUGUGAUCCUCACCUACAUGAAACACCUGGGGGUGAAAGUCAAAGAGCCUCGGAACCUGGAGCAGAAGCGGGGCCGGAUUGGAUUCCUGCCAAAGAUCAAGCAAAGCAUCAAGAAAGAGAAAGAAGGAGAGGAGAAAGGGAAGAGGAGAGGCUUCCCCAACAUCCUGGGCCCCCCGAGGAGACCGAGCCGACACGACAGCAGUGCCAUUGGCAGGGCCAUGGAGAUGCAGAAGCCCAGGCACCCCAAGCACUCGCCCACAGCCUCCUCUGUGAGCCCAGAGCCCCCCGAGGCCAGCAAGACACGGCAGAGUGGCUCCUCCAGCGAUGGCACAGAUGCCCCCUACCCCCCUGCCAACCCCAUGUCCCCCCUGGCAGUGGGGCCCUUUGCCUCUCCAGAGGGCAGCAAGGACAGUGACACAGGUGUGAAGCAGCCUGGGGAAGCCCCACCCGCCAGUGAGUCCAUGGAUGGCACCCCCCGCACGCCCAACAACACCUUUGAGUUCCCAUCUCCUUUGGAAAACCUGCAGGAGGAGGAGGGAGAGGCUGAGAGGGUGGUUGACAUGGGAACACCGAAGCCUUUUCGCAAGGUGGACAGUGUUGGCUUUGCAGAUGUGCAGAGUGAGGAUGAGCUCUAUGACUUUGACAUGGACAUGGACCCUCCCAACUGGCAGCAGCUUGUGAGCAGGGAGGUGCUGAUGGGGCUCAAACCCUACGAAAUCAAACGUCAGGAGGUGAUAAAUGAGCUCUUCUACACGGAGCGAGCCCACGUGCGCACGCUGAAGGUCCUGCACAACGUCUUCUACCAGAGGGUCACCAGGGAGGGCAUCCUCAGCUCCAGUGACAAGAGGAAAAUCUUCUCCAACCUGGAGGAUAUCCUUGGGCUGCAUGUGGCACUGAACGAUCAGAUGAAAUCUGUCAGAAAAAGGAACGAGACUUCUGUCAUUGGCCAGAUUGGGGAAGAUUUGCUCUCCUGGUUUAGUGGAGCAGCAGAGGAGAAGCUGAAACUUGCCACGGCCACCUUCUGCAGCAACCAGCCCUUUGCUCUCGAGGUCAUCAAGUCCCGCCAGAAGAAGGAUUCGCGCUUCCAGACCUUCGUGCAGGAUGCUGAGAGCAAUCCCCUGUGCCGGAGGCUGCAGCUGAAGGAUAUCAUCCCCACAGAGAUGCAGAGGUUGACUAAAUACCCCCUUCUGUUGGACAACAUUGCUAAAUACACAGAGCUGCCUGAGGAGAAGGAGAAAGUCAAGAAAGCAGCAGAUCACUGCCGCCAGAUCCUCAACCACGUCAACCAGGCUGUCAAAGAGUCGGAGAACAAGCAGCACCUGGAGGAUUAUCAGCGGAGACUCGACCUCUCCUACUUGAAGCAGUCCGAGGAUCCCAUGAUGGAUGAGUUCAGGAACCUGGAUCUAACAAAGAGAAAAAUGCUCCAUGAAGGGCCCUUGACCUGGAAGGUGAAUCGUGACAAAACCAUCGAUCUGUACACUCUGCUGCUGGAGGACAUCCUGGUGCUGCUGCAGAAACAAGAUGACAAACUGGUGCUGAAGUGCCACAGCAAGAUCCUGGCGUCCACAGCUGACAGCAAGCACACCUUCAGCCCCAUCAUCAAACUCAACACUGUGCUGGUUCGCCAGGUGGCCACAGAUAACAAAGCUUUCUUCGUCAUCUCCAUGUCGGCGACGGGGGCUCACAUCUACGAGCUGGUGGCACAGACUGUCUCAGAGAAGAAUGUCUGGCAGGACCUUAUAGCUCAGAUGGCAGGAACUGUGAAGAUGGGGAGCAGCAGAAGAGUGAUCCCACUGCCUCAGUCAGGCCCUGGCGAAGAGGAGCGUGAGGAAGAGGAGCAGCAGAAGCUCAAGGAGCAGCAUGACAUUCCUGCCAGCAGCCUGCAGAGUCCAGAUAAAGAUCUGGGCCUGGAGUCUCCCUUGAUACUGAACCCUCAGUCCUCUUCCCCCCUGAUGUCUGAGAAGGCCAAGGUGGAAGGGCUGCUGGGGGCUGAGGGGCAGUUUGAGAAGGUGCAGCAGGCAGAGCUGGCACUCAAGGACUCCUCUGGCUGCUUUGAGCACCCAGCCAGCAGCUCAGCCUCGGUGCCAGAGGGGCAGUGGGCACGGGAUGCCCUGAGGAACUUGGGGCUGCUGAAGCAGCUCCUGGUGCAGCAGCUGGGCCUGGCUGAGAAGGGGACCCUGGAGGACAGACAGCGCCUGCCCAGGUUCAGGAGCGUGUCCCAGGAAGCCCAGACAGAGGGUGGCACCGAGCUGCAGCAGACCCCAAACUCUGAGAGCCAAUUCCAGCAGCCUGCAGAGGACAGAGCCCUUGGCAGAACUGGAGAGGAGCGGCACGGCCCCGCGGAGUGCCCGGCCCCGGGGGAUGCCAUGCAGCUGGGGGGCACCGAGCCCCCUGCCAGGGCCACUUUGCCCAUGGACAGCACGAACCUGGAGGGCUCCAGCUCGGAGCUGGAGGGGCUGGGGGCUGAGGAGAGCGGGGAGCAUUUCUUUGAUGCUCGGGAAGCUCACAGCGAUGAGAACCCCGGCGAGAGCGAGCUGCUGGACAGGAAGGAGGAGGAGGAGGAGGAAGAGGAGGAGGAGGAGGAGGAGGUGCAAAUUCGGAUCUCAGGAAAUUAUUUGAUCCUCGAUGGAUACGGAACGGUGCAGGAGAGCUCCACGGACGAGGAGGUGUCAGCCCUGGUCCUGCAGUGCACCUCGCACAGGCAGCCCCCCCUGGACUGUCCCCAGCAGCAGCAGCAGCAGCAGCCCCUGUCCCCGAGGGAUGCGCGGUCGGACGGGGGCAGCUCGCCCUUCCCCGAGGAGCUGCGCUGGGCAGGGCUGGAGGAGCCCUGUCCCUUCCUGGGCAGCCCCCAGCUCCCUCUGGAGACCCGAGUGCAGCUCAUGCAGUACAUCCACAACAUCCAGGAUGCCCUGGAGAAGCUAAAGGAGGUGGAGGAGGAUUACAGCGUGCUGCGGCGCCAGGGGCUGGCUGGCUCAGCCUCCACGGGAGAGCACUCAGACAAAAGCUAGUCGUGUUUCCGGGAGAGGCUGAAGAUUGGAGGAAGAGAAUCAGGACACAGCACCCGCUGUCUCCCCUGUGGACUCUGGGAUGAGGGUUUGGAGCAUCCAAACAGAACCAUUCUCUAGCAAAGUGGGCAUGGGGAGCUUUUCCUGUGGGGCAUCUGCACUAUCUUGUCAGUGAGGGAGUCUAUUCUAUUCUGCUCCUCUCCUUGCUACCAGAAAUUGAAUUUUUUUUUUUUUUUCAGAACAGGAGAAAAAAAAAAAAAAAAGAAACCAAACCAAAUGUACAGAGCUUUGGGUGUAGGAUAUAAAAAAAAAUGUAUUUAGACAUUUAAAAGAAAAAAAAAAUCAAUGUAUUUAUUUGACUUCAUUCCGUGUAUCAAAAGCACAUUUUAAUUUUUUAAUCUGCCUUUUUUUUUUUUUUUUUUUUUUUGUUCUAUUUUUGGGUAGUGACAGUUCUGGCCACCCUGCCUGGUGAGGGGACAGGGGGGACCUGUGUGCAGGUGUUUCCUCACUGGACUGGACUCUGCACUCCCUGCUGGCACUCAGACCACCAAGAGCUACUCAUGAAGGUGUUAGGGUGGAAUUGAUGGCUGGAAUUUGUCUGUAUCCAACCAGCUGCAUGGGAAUUGCUCAUGCCACCCCGUGUGGAACGGGAAUUUUCCAUGCACUAAACAGCCAGGCACUUGUGAUGGGCAAAUUUUCCUUUUCCCCUUUCCCAUUCCUAUGCUGGGAGAGGAGAAAGAGGUUUAAUUUUGGGUUUUUUUUUCCUUGACUUUGUUGGCUUUGAUCAUUGUCUCCUUUGUAAAGUGAUAAAAAAAAAAUACUUGGACCUGCAGCACUUUUGUAACUCUUCUCUGGAUCAAAAAAAAAAAGGAAAAAAAAGAAAAAAAUAGAAAAAAAAAAAAGCAAACCCAGAAGUGUUUCAAAGAUGUGGGGCAGCUGUGCCCCUGAUUCACUACUGAAUGAAAAAGGGCUGCCAUGGAGUUAGCCACAGGUACUGCUGAUUUUAGGGCCAGUAAGUUUUAGUACCUGGAGUAUGUCUUGCUGAGGGCUCGGGGUGGGCUCUGGGGUUGUUUUUUUGGGGUGGGCUGGGUUUUUGUGGAAUUUUGUUGUUUUUUUUUUUGGGAAAUCGUUCGUGCCAAGGAGACGGAGAUUGGUGACCUGAGGAGGCUGAAGCAGCUCCUGGGCACCUCCUCAGGCCUCUCCUGGUGGGGUUUGCAGCUGGGAUUCCUGCCAGGAUGGGAAUUUGGGUGACCCUGGGCACAGCCUGAGCUGAGCCCCUGCCCUGAGCCCAUUCCCAUCCAUUUUCCAUCUCCCCUGGGCUGGAUCUCACACAAGAGGGGUCUGAGCAAGGAGUUCUGGAUCCAUGCACACUGCCCCUUGCCUGGCCUUGAGGCAGAAUCUCCUCCUUUUUCUGGUUCUCUCUCUCAAAUGAGGGUGAAAAUGAAUUUUUACUGUCCUGCUUGGCACAGGGUGGGUCAGGCUGUCCCCAAUGUCACUGAGCUGCUGCUGCUGCCAGCUGUGUGAGGAGCACACCCUCCUGCAGGUUUUCAGCUCUUUGGGGGAGCAAAAUGAGCACCCUGCACUCCCCAUGGACAGACAGACAGACAGACCAUUGCUCAGCACCAGGAUCCUCCUGCUCCUCUUUGGCUGCUGGCAGGAAAUCACCUCUGUCCCUGUCAGAGAAAUCCCAGCUCCUGUUCUUCCCCCCUGUGGGAAAUGAGUUCAGGUGACAGGAGGGGGAGCAGAGGGGAUUUUACUGUCCUGCUUGGCAUAGGGAGGAAUUCAAGCUGUCCCCAGUGUCACUGAGCUGCUGCUGCCAGCUGUGUGAGGAGCACACCCUCCUGCAGGUUUUCAGCUCUUUAGGGGAGCAAAAUGAGCACCCUGCACACCCCAUGGACAGACAGACAGACAGACAGACAGACCCUUGCUCAGCACCAGGAUCCUCCAGCUCCUCUUUGGCUGCUGGCAGGAAAUCACCUCUGUCCCUGUCAGAGAAACCCCAGCUCCUGUUCUUCCCCCCUGAGGGAAAUGAGUUCAGGUGGCAGGAGGGGGAGCAGAGGAAUUCAGGCUGUCCCCAGUGUCACUGGGCUGCUGCUGCCAUCUGUGUGAGGAGCACACCCUCCUGCAGGUUUUCAGCUCUUUGGGGGAGCAAAAUGAGCACCCUGCACACCCCAUGGACAGACAGACAGACAGACCCUUGCUCAGCACCAGGAUCCUCCAGCUCCUCUUUGGCUGCUGGCAGGAAAUCACCUCUGUCCCUGUCAGAGAAAUCCCAUCCCCUGUUCUUCCCCCCUGAGGGAAUUGAGUUCAGGUGGCAGGAGGGGGAGCAGAGGGGAUUUUACUGUCCUGCUUGGCAUAGGGAGGAAUUCCAGCUGUCCCCAGUGUCACUGGGCUGCUGCUGCCAGCUGUGUGAGGAGCACACCCUCCUGCAGGUUUUCAGCUCUUUAGGGGAGCAAAAUGAGCACCCUGCACACCCCAGGGACAGACAGACAGACAGACAGAACCUUGCUCAGCACCAGGAUCCUCCUGCUCCUCUUUGGCUGCUGGCAGGAAAUCACCUCUGUCCCUGUCAGAGAAAUCCCAUCCCCUGUUCUUCCCCUCUGUGGGGGCUGAGUUCAGGUGGCAGGAGGGGGAGCAGAGGGGAUUUUGGUGUGGGGUUUGGAGCCAAGAGCCCUCGGAGGGAGGGUGGGGAGGGAUUCCUGUUGUUUGAGGAGCAGCCAAAGCCUCCUGCAGGCUGCCAGGAGCUCCCUGGGUGUUUGGGGUGCCCCCAGGCCUGUCCUCUUGGGUGGGAUUAUUGUCAGGAUUGCCCCAGCUCUCCCCUCCUGGCCUCAGCCCCACAAUUCCCCGGGUUUGAAACACCCAGAUUCCCUCGGAGAGCCCUCCCAGCCUGGAAUGCUGCCAGGAGGAGAGCUGGAGAGCAGCCCAGCCCUGGCCUUGGACCCCUUUUCCCCCUCACACUCCCAGACCAGGAGCAGUUGUUGUGACCUCAGGGGUCCCAGAGGCUUCCGCGGAACCCCAGAGCGGAGGGAGCUCAGGCUGGCCUUGGAAGAAUGUUCUGGAAGAAUGGCCUGGUGGUUGGACACAAAAUCCUCUCUGGGUCUCUCCAGGCUGCAGAAUUCCAGGGGCUGUGCUGGUCCCUGCUGUCCCCCGGGUGCUGGUGGCAGCAGUGGCAGUGCAGCCAGGCUGUCAAUUCACAGUUUUGCCUGCUGGGGUGGCUUUUCCCCCGAAUGCCCUCAUUCUGCCCCCGGGGGAGGGGCAGCUGUGUCCCUGUCACCCUCGGGUGGGUGGGGGGAGUCCCCAGGGCACGGCGGGGUCAGCCCGGCUGGUGGCACCCGGCCCGAGGUGACACAAACCCCGGGGGGCGCUGGGCUCCGCUUCUGGCUCGUCCCACUCAGGGAUGGUGCUGGGCAGGAUCCCUCCUGGAGGGACAGGGAAGGCCUUUCCAGGGAGCUCCUUUUCCCAGGGAAUUCCUUUUUCCACUAAAUUCCUUCCCCAGGAAAUUCCUUUUCCCAGAAAAUUCCUUUUUCCACUAAAUUCCUUCCCCAGGAAAUUCCUUUCCCGGGGAAUUCCUUUGCCCAGUGAAUUCCUUUUCCCAGGAAAUUCCUUUUUCCACUAAAUCCUUUUCCCCAGGGAAUUCCUUUUCCCACUAAAUUACUUUCCCAGGAAAUUCCUUUUUCCACUAAAUUCAUUCCCCAGGGAAUUCAUUUUCCCAGGAAAUUCCUUCCCCAGAGAAUUCCUUUUCCCAGGAAAUUCCUUUUCCCACUAAAUUCAUUCCCCAGGAAAUUCCUUUCCCAGAAAAUUCCUUUUUCCCCUAAAUUCCUUCCCCAGGGAAUUCCUUUCCCGGGGAAUUCCUUUCCCGGGGAAUUCCUUUUCCCAGGAAAUUCCUUUUUCCACUAAAUCCUUUUCCCCAGGGAAUUCCUUUUCCCACUGAAUUACUUUCCCAGGAAAUUCCUUUUUCCACUAAAUUCAUUCCCCAGGGAAUUCAUUUUCCCAGGAAAUUUCUUCCCCAGAGAAUUCCUUUUCCCAGGAAAUUCCUUUUUCCACUGAAUUCUUUUCCCCAGGGAAUUCUUUUCCCCAGGGAAUUCCUUUCCCACUAAAUUCCUUCCCCACAGAAUUCCUUUCCCCAGGGGAUUCCUUCCCCAGGGAAUUCCUUUUUCCACUAAAUUCCUUUCCCAGAGAAUUCCUUUUUCCAGGGAAUUCCUUCCCCACUAAAUUCCUUUCCCCAGGGGAUUCCUUCCCUAGGGAAUUCCUUUUUCCACUAAAUUCCUUCCCCACUAAAUACCUUUCCCAGGGAAUUCCUUUUUCCCGGGAAUUCCUUUUCCCACUGAAUUACUUUCCCAGGGAAUUCCUUUUCCCACUAAAUUCCUUCCCCAGAGAAUUCAUUUUCCCAGGGAAUUCCUUUUCCCAUUAAAUUCCUUUUUCCAGGGAAUUCCUUUUUCCACGGAAUUCCUUCCCCAGGGAAUUCCUUUUCCCACUAAAUUCCUUUUCCCAUUAAAUUCCUUUUUCCAGGUAAUUCCUUUCCCAGGGAAUUCCUUUUCCCACUAAAUUCCUUUUUCCAGGCAAUUCCUUUUCCCCCUGAAUUCCUUCCCCAGAGAAUUCAUUUUCCCAGGGAAUUCCUUUUCCCACGGAAUUCCUUCCCCAGGGAAUUCCUUUUCCCCCCCAGCACACCUGCAGCCCCCCAGACCUCGGGGCUGGAGCUCAGGUGCACUAUUCAGGAUUCCCACAGCUUUUUCCCUCCUUGAAGCCAUAAAAUUCCCCCUUUAUAAAAUGGAAUUUCCAUUUUCAUCUCCCCCUGACUGGUUGGCCAUUCCCUUUUCCAGACAAUUCUCUGGAGUUUUUUGUCCCAGCCCCUCAUCCCAAAAAUAUAUAUAUAUUUUUUUUCCCCCCCUCCCCAAGAGGAAGAAGGAUUUCUUGUUUUGGGAACAAGGAUGGGAUAGAAGAACAUUUCCUGAGGGGUCCUUUCCCUUCUGCUGCCACACAGCUCGUGGGCAAGGCAGAGGCUGCAGAUGGAAUUUUCUGGAAUGUGGGAAUUCCUGACUGCCCUGGUGUAGGGAGGUGGGGUCAGAGGAGUGCAAAGCUCAGGAGCCCUCAGACAGCACCGGCCUGUGCUUCACAUUGGAUAUUCCCGUUUAAAUUCCUGUUCAAAUUGGAUAUUCCCAUUUAAAAUUGCAGUGUUGAAAUUGGAUAUUCUCGUUUAAAUUGCAGUGUUUAAAUUGGAUAUUCUGAUUUAAAAUUGCAGUGUUUAAAUUGGAUAUUCUGAUUUAAAAUUCCAGUGUUUAAAUUGGAUAUUCCCAUUUAAAAUUGCAGUGUUUAAAUUGGAUAUUCUUGUUGAAAUUCCAGUGUUUAAACUGGAUAUUCUGAUUUAAAAUUGCAGUGUUUAAAUUGGAUAUUCUUGUUGAAAUUCCAGUGUUUAAAUUGGAUAUUCUGAUUUAAAAUUCCAGUGUUUAAAUUGGAUAUGCCCAUUUAAAAUUGCAGUGUUUAAAUUGGAUAUUCUGAUUUAAAAUUCCAGUGUUUAAAUUGGAUAUUCCCAUUUAAAAUUCCAGUGUUUAAAUUGGAUAUUCUGAUUUAAAAUUGCAGUGUUUAAAUUGGAUAUUCUCCUUUAAAAUUGCAGUGUUUAAAUUGGAUAUUCUCCUUUAAAAUUCCAGUGUUUAAAACUGAAUAUUCCGAUUUAAAUUCCAGUGUUUAAAAUUGGAUAUUUUCAUUUAAAAUUCCAGUGUUUAAAAUUGGAUAUUCUGAUUUAAAAUUCCAGUGUUUAAAUUGGAUAUUCCCAUUUAAAAUUGGAUAUUCUGAUUUAAAAUUCCAGUGUUUAAAACUGAAUAUUCCAAUUUAAAAUUCCAGUGUUUAAAAUUGGAUAUUCUGAUUUAAAUUCCAGUGUUUAAAACUGGAUAUUCUGAUUGAAAUCUCCCUGCUCUUAGAUCUCCUUCUCCUGGAUCCAGUAUUUUCUCCCUGACCCCCAGAGAAAUCCCUGGAUUCCCUCCCCUUCCCCGAAGGUGCCAACUGACAAGCAGAUGUACUGCAAAAGGGAUACUGCAGCCAAACACUGUUUUAUUUUGAAUUAAGUCUUGUGGAGCUCUCUUCAUACUAGGAUAUUUUUAUUUUCUUUGUACAACAUACAAUCAUGUACUCUUAACAGAGAUUUACUUUAAAGAGAAGAAAAAAAAAAUAAAUCUGGAAGUAUUCUUUAAAAAAAAAUACACAAAAAUCUUUAUUAAUAAUCCUGUAUUUUUACUGAUCAUGUUUGAAUGUCUAAAAAGACUUUAUUGUUCUAAUUAUCCAGAUGUAUGUUUGUAAAAUAGCUCUUUUAUGACUUAGCUGAUCGGGGUGUAUGUUUCUGGAAUUAAAUAUUGGUCACUUAAAAAGGAAAAAAAAAAAGAAAUCUGUUUUCAGGACCUGGGCAAUAGAGAAUUGAAGCGUUUCAAAUAUCAUUAAAUAAGCUUAAAGGAAAA